AUGUUCAGGGGGAACGAUAAAGAGGGUCCCGGCCGAUUCUUCGCGAAUGCCUCCGAGACGUGUCCAGAGGAUAUGCCGGGAGAUACGCCAGCAUGCCUCGACAAGGCCACGCCCUAUGGAGACCGAGACGACCAUCCUACUAGAUGGUUUCUUGGCUAUAGAAACACAGACAGCGACACAGUUGCAAGGAAAGAAGAAGAUCUAAUAAGAGACCCAGACAACUACGUACUUGCAAGGAAAUAG